AUGCCUGGCUUGAAGACAAUCAUCGCUCUUUCUUUUAUCCUCGCCAUCGGCUUCCUCCUCGUCAUCCUCUCCUCUGCCCUGUUCGGCAACUACCUCACCCUUCUCGUCGUCGCAACCUACGUUGUCGCCCCCAUACCAAACUGGAUAUGUGGAAAAGCAGCGCAGCAGGAUGAUUUCAUGGACAAUGGCAGCAAUACGGUGGUUGAGCUGGGCCGAUUCAUCACUGGCUUUCUGGUGGUGAUGGGCAUUGCACUGCCUGUCGUUCUCGCCCACACGGAAGCGAUUACCAUCCAGGCUAUGGCGAUGAGUAUAGUCGGUGGACUGCUGAUUUACAGCACCAUCAUCAGUUUCGGCAUGUUCUUCCGAGAGCAAGAGGAGUUUUGA